AUGUUCUCUGCCAUGCCGAUGGACGCCUACCGUGACGAACGCCCUGGGAUCCUCAUCACCUACAGGACGGACGGCCAACUCCUUAACAGCCGACGGAUGCACUUCCAGUCGCGCUUAUCCACAAACACCGUCCAAGAACUUCUCUUCGCCGACGACUGCAUCCUCAACGUUACCUCGGAAAGGGAGAUGCAAAAAGGAUAUAUCUCUUCGCAGCCACCGCCGCCGUCUGCGACAACUUCUGCCUGA